AUGGCCACCUCAUCUCGCGCAAUGACUACGUUCCGGACGUUCGAAGAAGCAUCACCGUCUGCACAUCUACAUUUUCAUCAGGUCAUCCAGCAGCAGAUGGAAGAUUUCAACAGGCGACACCAUGGACUAUGCUUCAUCUUCAGGUCAAAUUCAACAAGCCAUUUUAUGAAUGCCGAGGCAUUCUUGACUUUGUUGCACGGCUUGAUCACCCCGGGGCUCGCAGUGCACCGACGUCGUUUGGGCCUUCCACCUACUGCGAAGGCUUUGUUGCUGGUGGAUGCAUGGACGGGGUUCCAUGCUUUCAAGCAUGGCGAGGAUUGCGCACGGAGUGCUUGGGCUGUGCAAGCCUGCUGUGAGCUUCCAAAGCAGCAGGCAUGCUUCACAACGAAUGAGCGGCGAAUUUUUCAUAUGGACGCUGGCGGGUUCAGCGCAAAUGGUCAACCCAUUGACCAAGUGCACCACCUACUUCGCUCACAACUUGAAGUCCUUGAUGCUGAGGAUGUUGGCUAUGGCAUGGACUUGCGUCUCCGUCCGGGCUAUGACCAGCUGGCCAUCAAUCCCAACGGGCAGCCGGUGCGCCCUUCAGCGUGCAACAAGCAGACGCUUUGCGAAAGAACAUUAGCAGCCUGGCAGAAAGUGCCGCGCAAGGCCUUUGUAGCCGCAUGGACCGCGACAGGCUAUUUCAACAACGACCACUUUGAGGAGGGCCUGGGAAUGAGCUACGAAGAGGCUUUGCGUGAGCUUGAUCAAACAGGGCUUCUUGCAUCCGUGGGAAUCCGUGACGACUACAUCGGUUGCCCGAAGGUUCCAGACAGAUGGUAUUGGUCACUGAAGAUGGAAGAUGGCCGAAUUGCGGCUCUGCCGUCUCUGAUCAGCAGAUCUGUGGAAACAUUGAUCUGCUCCCACAGACGCGAGCGGAAAGUAUUGUUGACUGCGAAGCCCGCCAACUGGGAGCAAAAGUUGGAGGCUGUCAAUGCCAAGACCUCGUCCUUUGUCUACGAUCUGAAGCAAAAUGCUUUGGCUACUUCUCAGUACCUCAAACGUUCAGUGACAAAGGUGGACGACAAGUUGGAAUUCAUUGGAAAAGGCCGGGGCUACGAAAUCCUACAUAUCAAGUUCCAGCUCAACGAUGAUGCAACUGACCCGUCUGGUCCGGGCACCUAUUCUCUCUACAGCAAGAGCUUCGCGGCCCGAGAAAUUUGCUGCGUGUCAACAACACAACAGCGCUCAGGCUUUGAUAUUUUGAAGGAGCACUAUGCAGGACGGGUCUGCUCAAAUCACAGGAAAGUAUGA